CACAAACAUAUGUGAACUAUAAUUCGUUAAACGUUAAUUAUUAAGAAGAAGAAAACAUGGCCUCUGGAGGUUCAUCUUUUCACAAGGGAUCUGACAUGAUUCACGACUACAGUUGCUUUAAAUGUGAGGAAAAUGACCUGAACACUGAAGCCCAGCACUUCUGUCCACAGUGUGAACACUAUCUGUGUCAGAAGUGCGUAAAUAUUCACGGGGAUUAUUUCAAAAAGCAUGUUGUGUAUGGGCGUGGAGACAUUCAGAAGUGGGCGGGGUUCUCGAUGGACAGAUGUGCCCAUCAUGGUAAAGAGCUGGAGGUCCACUGUGAUGAUCACCAGGAACUUUGCUGCAGUGUUUGUGUGGCCCUUAACCAUAGGCUGUGUACCCGCAUCAGUCAUCUGCCUGACCUGGCCAGAGGCUUCCUGCAGACAGCAGAGUUCAUUCAGCUGCCAGCAGCAGUGUACAAGAUGAGGGACAGGCUUGACGAGCUAAAGAAUGACAGGAUAAAAGACCAAGCCUCACUGAAGGACUCAUUCAAAGACAUCAGUUCAGAAAUCAAGGCUUUCCGCAAAAAAAUAAACCAGAUCUUAGACAAACUUGAGAAAAAGACAAUUGAACAGUUGGAUAACAUGAUGGAAGAUUUCGAAAAGUCUAUAAAAGACGAUUUAGAAACCUUUGCCCUUAUGCAUGACCAACUGAGUACAAUGAUUGAGAAACUCCAGCAGAGUGCUGGCAAAAACAAGGAGAGCAGUUGUUACAUUGGAUUCAUAAAAUGUAAGUCUAAAUUGAGUGAAGCCAAAAGUAUCGUGCAAGAAAUACGGGAAAAAGAACGAAUGAAGUUUAAAUCUGAUGAAAUUGUGUUACCAUUUCUGAGAAAACUGAACAGCCUUGGAAAUGUUAAACAUGUUAGAAAAACUGAUAGUAUCCAUGUUUAUAAGGCUCAGAGUUCAAGUCAGUAUAAAGUUAAAAUAAAGAAGGACAAGAGCAUUUGCGAUAUUGUAGGCAUAUGUGAGUUGCCCACUGGAGAGGUGGUUAUUGCUGAUUAUAACAACAAGAGAGUAAAGCUUCUGAACAGACAGUAUGAGGUCAUUGAUCACUGUGAUCUGCAAGAUCCUCCUGAACAAUUGUGUCACAUCACAGGCAGUGAAGUAGCAGUAGCUGUAAAUGGCAUCUCUGUUACAUCAUAUGGGGUCCACUUCUUUACAGUGACUAAAGGGAAGCUACUGGCAGUGAGGAAGUUCACAACAGACCAUGAGAUCCACGCCAUUGCCCACCACCAGGGUAAGCUGUAUAUGGGCUCCCACUUUGACCUGCACCUGUACACUAUGGAUGGAAACAUCAUAAAGACGAUUUGUGAUGAGAAGUCUCCUUACCACAUAGUGCAUAGGUGUGCUGUCUCUCCUGAUGGGGAGAGAAUUUAUGUGAUAAAUCCAAAUACAUCUAAAUUGAUAACACUUGAUACAUCUGGUCACGUGCUAUCCACAGAAGACGAUUCUUAUCUUGAACGUCCAUAUGGACUAUGUGUCAGCCCAAGUGGUCACAUGUUUGUAUGUGGGCAGAGGUCUAACACUGUGGUACAGGUGGACAAAGAGGGGAGAAAGACUCUGGCCACAGUGGCCAGGAUGGCGCAUGGGUUGUGGAACCCUCGGUCAGUGUGGUUCAGUGAACAAACCUCCACCCUCAUUGUUGGGAAUUUCGAGGAUGACAGCAUUACUGUUGUCCAAUUGUGUUGAACUAUCAAUCAGAUUUUGGUAUGCAAAGAAAAUUCAAUGAAAGAUAUCUAGUAUUAUUGUUAAAUCUAUCAAGGAUGGCAUGUUUUCUUUCAUUUGUUGUAAAUAAAUUUUCAAUAACAUUUUACAUUAUUACUUUUACCAGUAUUGUACAGGAAUUGAAAAUAUUAUUUUGUGUCAGUAAUAAUGUAUGACGUGUAUGUUUCAAACAAUGACUGUUCUGUGAACUUAAAAUUUGUAAACAUGAACUCAUUUUAAACAUCAUGUAAUUUAAAUUGUGUCUGAUUGUCGUACUUCAGACACAUGUAUA